CCGCCCCAGUCACAAACCAAAGCGCGCCCCUUCCCCGGUGGUGUGGGGCCGCGGGUGCCGGCAGCCAUCAGGAGCUUGAUCGGGUACGGACCCGUGGCGUAACCCGCCCUGAAGCUUUGGGAUUCCACCGAAGCUUUCAGGCUGACUGGAUAAAGAACAAGGUCGGGGCAGGAAAAGAGAGGCAACUCUCUGGUCUGCCAGUUUCCAUUGGAGUGGAAAAUGAAGUCCUCCAAGAGGUUGGACAGCAUCAACACCAUCGCCUUACCCAUAAUUCCGCUGGACGAGAGCCAGGUGAUCUCCGUCAGCGCCCGGAAAGACCUGGAGAAUGCCGUGAGGAAGCAGUUGCAGGACCACCCGCCCACGUGCAUCAUCGGCUCCCUCAGCCAGGUGAGCCAGAGGGUCACGGAAGUAGACACCAACUACCACCGGAUGGACCACACCUUGCCAAGAGACCGAAGGAAGAGCCAACAAUACCCUGCAAAGGCUCAGAGGCCCGAAACCCCAGGGUGAACCUGACCAAAAGACAAACAGCAGAUAAGAAUCUGCUGGCAGAGCUACACGAACACCCCCCGUUUGAUGAAACUAAGCCCAACAAACUUCCCAACGGCGUGGACUUCUGCGACAUGGUGGGCAAUGUGAUCCGGUCUGAGAAAAACACUCUAAGUGGCAAGUGUUUCUGUUCAGACAGAGAAUUAGAGAAGUUUCUGUCUGCUCCUUCUCCCAGUGCCAUAUGGCUGGACAGCUUUUGGUGGAUAUUUCAUGAAAGGUACCAGCCAAACAAGGAGAUCCAGAGCAAACUGUUCGACCGAGUAGCCCGAAAUUAUGCCUCACUGUUGAUGAAAACAGUCCGGUCCCACUAUGAAGAGGCACUCAUAAAAAGGCUCCCUUCUCUUCUGAGCAAAGCCCUGUACACCAGCUUCUGCUGCUGCUUCCCCCAGUCCUGGUUCAACACCCACGAGUUCAAGUCGGAAAUCUGCAACACCAUGAACCUGUGGAUUUCAGGGACGUAUCCUUGCCCACAGAGCUAUAACAACUGGGACUACUCAGAACUGGAUCCAGAGAGGUUCCGGAGAGAAGAAUUACUACAUCGCAACAGUCGACUUAUAAAGGGAAGAGAGCUCUCCACUUGUAGGAAAAAUUCCAUCCAGAAGACAGAACAGAACAGGAACAAGAGAAUCCAUAGCGGUCAGUCUUCUGGCUUUCCUAUAACCCACGAGAGAGGCUUUUUUCUGAAGCAGGCCACAGAGGAAAGUUUUCGAUCCCAACACACCUUGAAAGAGCACUUCAUGCCAUCCUCAACCUCCAGAAAAGCCACACAGCAAGUCAAGAGGAUCUCCGAAACCAGGGCGUGCCUGAGUUUGUAUCUGAAAGUGUCCCACCCUGCCUGCAAAAACCCCAAGCUGAUUUCAAACCAGUUCAACCUGUACGGGAAGAGCCCGCUAAUCGUGUACUUCUUCCUCAACUACGCCGAGCUGAGGAAGCGUGGCCAGGACGUGCUGGUCAGCAGGAGAGAAAAGACCGAAAUGAUCCCUGAGUCCGCCCCAACCUAUGCUGACAUCAUCCACCAGGUUAUGGAGAACAUGGAGAGGCGGAAGAGAAAGCUCAGGGAGCUGGACCGCCUGCACUGGAAUGAAUGGGUCUAUUUUAAAAGCUACCUAAAGGAGCUGAAGGAAAACUGUGCGAGGGAGGUGGCUCUUGUCAAUAAACAAGCAGCAGAAAAGAAAAAGGCCAACCUCAUAGUCCUCUCAUCCUUGGAUGACUCAUCUGACAAGAAACCCAAAGGAAACACCCACAUCAAAACUACGCUUUUAAGGAAGGAAAGGGAUAUAGAAGAGAGACUAGAAGAGAAACGGAAGCUUCGUCUCCAAUCCAUUUCCUCAACUCAAAGCCCCCCGUCUAACUAUUCUCUGGACCUGAAAAGCCCCUAUGGGAUCCAGUAUGUUUCUAGUGCCAGCGAGCACGGCACCAGUAGGUCCAGAUCCUCACAGGAAGAGGUGCUCUUCAGGCUCUCACCGUCCUCCAUGGAAUGAGCUCACCCAAGAACAGGCGUGGACUGCAGAGGUGAUCAAAAACAGAAUCAGCAACGGCAAGUGAGAGCACUACCGCAGCCAGGAACAUGCGGUGUCUUCCCCAGUCCACGGGCUAAAGAACAUUAAAGUUCGAGUCUGCCACAAACGAGCAGGGCUUAAAGACGCCCUGGGUCACCUCACCCAUUUAGACAUUUCCUAAUUCAUUCUUUCAUUCAUUUAUUAACAAUAACAACACAAUACAGCCCAUCCUUAUGAAACAUAGCAAGACCUCAUCUCAAAGAACAACCAACCAGGAAGCAUUAGAAAGGAGCUGAGCGGCUGAGUGUAGUGGCCCAUGUCUUUAGUCCCAGCACUAAGGAGGCAGAGGCAGGUGGAUCCCUUAAGUACAAGGCCAGUCUCUUCCACAGACAGAGUUCCAGGACAGCCAGGGCUACACAGAGAAACUCUCUCUAAAAAAAAAAAAACCAAAAACAACAAAACAAAACAAAACCCCAUCUGACUCCAAACUGACUGAACUGAAGGUGAAUUUUAUGUUUCACACAGCCUGCUAAGGACGAGGAGAGAUGGCUUGGGGGGGGGUGUGUGCUAGUGGAGAGAAUGACACGAUGCCCCGGAAAGCUUGUAGGGGUGUCUUCACUGUCCUGAGGGUAAUGAGAGGUCCACAGUCUUAUACUAUGCCUUAAAGGCAUGGAUAUUCUUGUGUUAACUACACCACAGGCUGUUUCCAAAAUGCAUGUGAUAUCUGAGCCCGAUGGUGGAUGCCAGUAAUCACCGCACUCAGGAGGUGGGACAAGGACGAACAGGAGUUCAAGGCCAGCCUCCUGCACAUUAUUGUAAGAAAAAAAGCUUUUUUAUUUAGACAAAAAGGGAAAGGUGUUAGGGGUUGGUCCGUGCUAUGUAUUCUUAUGCUAAUUACUGGCCACCUGUCUCUGUUGUGUAAACCUUGCUCUGCCUAAUUUAAAGUUGAUUGGUUAAUAAAAAUGCUGAAGCCUGUGACUGGGCAGAAGAGAAGUAGGCUUAUGCUACUGGGCUUGGGGUCUGAAAUGGACUGAAGGAGAGGAAGCAGAAAAUGUAGCAGGAGGAGGGGAAGCCACAGAGAAGGAAAGUUGUUAUGGGUCAGUGUGGCUGUGAGGACCCACUGAUGGAACAGGAGCAGCCCAGACUUGAAUGAUUUAGGCGAGUAACAUGGGGUGUGUAGCUGGGAAAUAGCUUAGAGGGUUGCUAUCUGCCCAGCUCUCGUGCUUUAAAGCUUAUAAAAUAAAUCAUAGUCUCUCUGUGUCAAUUAUUUUGGAAGUUAGCAGGGUUAAAGAAAAACUUGCUUUAUUAAUUUCUACAACAGCAAGUUCAAGGCUAACUUUGGCUCUGCCUCAAAACAAACAAAAAUAAAUUAUAAAUACUUAUUUCCAAAUUCUACCCACUGAAAUAACCUAGAAAUAGAAACUGACAAUAACCCAGGGCACCCUGUCGCAGUGCCAGGCAAGUGCUCUAUGACUGAACCCCCACCCCCACCCCAGCCUGCAACUGUGGCUUGAGAUAGUGUUUGCACUAAAAGGGCUCAUAUGAACACAGCAGGCCUGUGUGCAGGGAGCACAUAGACUUGAGCAAGCUGUGAGUCUGGGGCAGUGUCCAUGGGAGCUGUGACGGAUCCUGUCUCACUGUGUCUGUUUGAAACCCACUAAUCCAAGAAAAGCACUUAGAGAAGUCCCCAGCUCCAGCAGGGGCUGUAUGCAUGCUUUUCAUCCUGCUUCCUCCCCAGAGCCUCAGGCUGCCUCGGAACCAAGCGGCUCCAGAAGAAGCCUUGGAGGGUCCGGGUCGUCUCCCAGCGUGUGUGGCAGGCCAGCCCUCAACCAACUUCCUGCCUAAGGAAGGGUUAUACCAUACAGGGCAGGGACAGCUGUGCUUGCUUCCCAGUGGCCUUCCUGAUCCUCACAGGGCUCCGUGCAGAUCACCCUCUGUCUUCAGCUUCCCAGUGGGACUCUAGUUCUUGAGGGAAGGUGCCUGUCUUUCUCUCAGUAUCUAGCAGGGAGCUGAACUGACUAACGGAAUGCUCACAGGUUUGCCUCUGCGUGUGAACUCAGAAGGCUUUCUCCUCUGGAAAUGUGAACAAGUGAGCAAGUCCAAAACAUAUCAUGUGUCACUUAUAUGUAUAUAUUUAAUAUAUUAUAUACCUAUUAAAAUAUUUUUAUAGAAA